GGAUACCAUAUUGGGCGGCAUAAGACAUGUGACGUGCGCAUCCAGAACCCGCACAUCAGCAACCACCACUGCCUGAUCUACCGCGUGUCUUCAUCGCCACCGCGGGUGUACCUGGAGGACACGAGCACGAACGGGACGUUUGUGAACGGGCGGCGUGUGGGCAAGAGCAAGCCGGUGGAGCUGCGGGACGGGGAUGAGAUCCAGCUGGUGCGUUCUUUCCACGACCGGUUUUUCGUGUUCCAGAACCUGGCAGUGCACCGGACGGAGCCGUGUUUGUUCAAGCAGAGCUACCUGCUGGCGGACCACCUGGGCAAGGGAGCGUUUGCAGAGGUCAAGGUGGCAAUCAACCGGGUGACGGGGCAGCGGUAUGCGGCCAAGAUCAUCGACCGAAACAAGAUCACAAAGAUCGAGAAGCGGCGCAAAAUGGACAAGAACUUCCAGAUCGAGACGUCGAUUCUGUCCCGGGUGCGGCACCCGGCGAUUGUGCAGGUGCAUGGGGUGUUCCGCGAGCACGACAAGCUGUACCUGGUGCUGGACCUGGCGGCGGACGGCGAGCUGUUCGACGAGAUUGUGCGGCGGGAGUUCCUGGGGGAGCGCGAGACGCGGCGGGUGCUGCUGCAGCUGCUGCUGGCGAUCCGGCACCUGAACCGGCUGGGGGUGGUACACCGCGACAUCAAACUGGAGAACAUCCUGCUGGCAGACAAGGAGCAGCUGCGCAUCAAGCUGGCAGACUUUGGGCUGGCCAAGAUAGUGGGCGAGCAGACAUUCAUGAAGACCGUGUGCGGCACGCCGAUGUACGUGGCCCCCGAAGUUCUGAAGGUGCGCACGCAGGGUGAGUACGACCGCCAGGUGGACAUGUGGAGCCUGGGCGUGGUGCUGUACAUCUGCCUAUGCGGCUUCCCGCCGUUCUCCGACGAGCUGUCGCCGCCGCCCAUGCGCGACCAGAUCAUCGCCGGCAUGUACGCAUUCCCUGCGCCGUACUGGGACAGCGUGUCGCCCGGCGCCAUGGACCUGGUGCGCCGUAUGCUGGCCGUCGACCCUAAGAAGCGCAUCACCGUCGACGCAGCCCUGGCCCACCCGUGGCUG